ACCAUUCCUACUGUCUUACGUUUCGAAUAUAGAGAUUGUCUCUCACAUGACCUCGUUGUAUCCUCCCGAUCUCCAGUUCUAGAAUAUCCCAGCUCACCUCGAGCUCCUCGAACCCAAGAGAUCGGGUCAUCCGAACCGCUGCAUUAGUUCCCUCUCCACGCAGCCGUCGCCUCACUUCUGGCAUGGCUCGCAUCUGUGACCCAUGCGAGAAACGAGCUAUCACUUUCUCUAGACGUCGACGGCGAAGCCGAACUCGGGAGGCCAGCGGGCCGCAUUUGCCGCCGCCUCGACCUGCAGCCGUCUCUAAGUGCUCUUCAAUGCCUUAUCUCAAGCCCCAGAUAACAAAAGGAGAAGGUGAUGGUGUACAUGUACAUAGACGAGCGCCUCCCGCCGAGGUCUCUGCAUGGUACCUCCAGACUGCCCUCAGUUCACCAACUGACCCGCCAACAAUGAGCCCACGUACCCCUCAUUUAGGGCACCCGGCAAUUUCCACACCUCCCCACCCCGGCGAGAACAGCUAUCCGAUGUUGCGCAUUGCAUGAUGCACAUAGUAUUGCGAAUACCGUGUGGAGGGGCGGG